AUGCGAAUUGUAUUGUUUGGGGCACCUGGGGUGGGUAAAGGCACAUUUGCUGAAAUAUUAGCAGAAAAAGAAAAACUAAAACAUAUAAAUAUAGGUAAUAUUUUAAGGAAUGAAAUAAAAAAAAAAACAUCAAUAGGGAAAGAAAUAAAUAAAAUAGUUAAUAGUGGAAAUUUAGUUCCAGACAAUAUAAUAACACAUAUUAUUAAUGAGGAAAUAAAAAAAUGCUCUAUUAAUAAUACAAACAAUAAUUUUAAAGGGUUUAUAUUAGACGGAUUUCCUAGAAAUAUAAACCAAAGUAAAGAAUUAAUAAAAAUAACAAAUAUUGAUUUAUUUGUUAAUAUAUUUUCCCCAAAAUAUAUAUUAAUUAAAAAGUUAUUAGGAAGAAGAAUUUGUACUAUUUGCAAUAACUGUUUCAAUAUUGUUAAUAUCAAAGAUAAAGAUUUUGAUAUGCCUCCACUUUUACCGUCCAAAAAUUGCCAUAUUUGUAAAGGAAAUGCUAAUUUAGUUAAAAGAGGUGAUGAUAAUGAAGAAACUAUUUUACAUAGAUUAAAUUCUUAUGAAUCGAGUAAUGCACAAAUUAUUGAUUUUUUUAAAAAUUUAAAAUAUAAUUUUAUAGAUUUUGAAAUAAAAAAGGGAAUAAAAGAUUUUGAUGAAUUUCACAAAACAAUUUUAAGCAAUUUUAAGAAAUUUUAA